AUGGCUCACCCGGUGCCACCGGUUAACCCAUAUGACCCGCGGGAUCUUCAAUCCAAGGCGCUGCAGCGUUGGGAGGAACAGCAGCGGGUGUGGGCUAAUAUGGAAAAAAAUAUCAGGCGUCGUGUGCCUGGAAAAGGCCGGGCGGCGCAACUUGGUGGAAGGAAUAUGGAGUUUGCGAUGUACAAGAAGCGGUUAAACAUUGAAAAGCAGUUUCUUCUAGAAGGCGCAGUACCACCACCGGAGUUGGGGGGUCAUAAUUUGUGGGAAAGCACAUUACGCAUACAUCCUGGGGAAAAUGCAGUGCGAUAUGUUCGGAUGGACAAGACGGAAUACCCAUAUCCAUUGUACUGUAAAGUGGCGGAUAACAGACGAAAUGAUGCGGAUAAUCAGACAAACAUGCGCAUUGUGCAUCCGAAAGAAAGACAGCUAGGUGUCGUGAAGGAGCAGCCACAGCAGCCGAAAUCAAAGGAUGAAUCAAUUUCCAUUAUAUUUCCCGGUAAAGAGUACUACAGCAAGCAGGUGGCAAGGAAUAUAUCAGCGAUUGAACGGCAGAUGCCUCACUUUCUUGUGCCAAGAGCAUACUUAGAAGUUUGUGGAAAGCCGCCACCGUGGACCUUUAAUACCGAAGAAGCUGCAGCAGCCAAGAAGCGUGCCCCGCCCGUUGCUUACCACCCACCUCCGGCUAGCCCCUCCGUAACUGUGUCCCGCACAUUCUCACAACAGUGUGGUAGUCAAAAAAAAUGUUCAUCCCUCGGUGAAGAUGACGCAGCCACGGCAGUGACACGGCCCGAUGUCAAUAGUUGCACCGUUGACGUCACCGAGGAAGCCGUGGGUGGUCCCUCCCUCGUCAUAUCCACAACCCGCAUUUUAUUUUUUGCGGAGCCCGGAGAGCUUUCCCAUGGCUCAGUGAAAAUCAAAAACAACGGCACUACGACCGUUUACUACACAUGGGCUCCUAUUCAGCCAGUCACAGAGUUGGAUGACGCCAUUACUGGGAAUGAGACUAGAGAUGAAGAGAGCGGCGGGGACGACGGGGAAAUUUCUGGAACUAAAAACGAGCGCUCGCAAACUGAAUCCGAUGAAGGAGGAGCCACAUCUGCCAGAACGAGCUGUGAUACUGUGCAAGUGACAGCGGUCCCGCAAUGGCGAAGUAAAGAGAGAGGGGAAGAAAGAGGCAUUCGCGUGGACGGUGAGGCCGUGGAGCAGCAAACACCACGCGGAGAGGCAAAAUUGUCGCUUCGUGCGCUAGCAACAAAAUCCAAAGAGUCAAAAACCUUCUUUUACCUCUCUGCUCCCCUAGACGGCGUCAUACUUCCGGAUGAUGAAAUCAUUUUUCCUUUCUCCGUUAGGGCUGCCUUCGCUGGACGCUUCACGCGUCACUAUGAGCUUCUUAUGUUUCCUACUAUGUCGCGACCCCUCGUCGUGGAACUAUGUGCGUUUAUCCGUUCUCCCCUGCCCACGUUGAAUGCACUGUCGGACCCUGUCGGCGAGGCCUUCGACGCGAGAGAAGGAGUAAACAUGCAACGUCAACUGCUUAACACUUUGGUUGCGAGGGAAAGUAUGUACGACGCGUCAGAGAUUGCUAAGGCGACCAAGGCGUGUAUAGCUGCUUCACAGGCGGAAGAAGAGGCGAGAGAGGCAGAAAUAACCAGGUGGCGGCUGGCUUGGAAUGACUCGACGUACAUGGCACUGCGCGUGCCGUUCAACCGAGACAUUUACCAACGGUUGAAUGCGAUGUACGGAAACAUUAUGCGGACGAUGGAUGAGUGCGGGAGACCAUUGCAACACAGAGAAUGGAAUGGUUCUGUCCAGACUCUUCAGACGAAAAUCUGCGGAGUUCGCGAUGCUGUGUGUAGGAAUACCUUGCGUGAAGCUUUUAAUUGCCUCUUACGCGCUUCAGUGGUUUGCGAGCAGGAGCGCGAACCUCUUGGCCUUUUGCUUCGUCGGGCUGCGGGAGUUACCGCCUUUUCAGUACUCGCUCACCGUGUCGAACAACUGGAUGACUCCAUCAGUUAUGCACUUGGCAUCCGAUCGCGUCCAGUGCCCUUACAGUCCACUGUCCUGCCAGUGAUAGCCAUGAAUCAGAAGUCAAUCAACAACACCAACAACCAAGGUGCUUUAUCUGGGCGGGCUAACGCACGGCAGGGAAGCAGGGCAAGAAGCGGCUUUACCAUACAAGACAAUAGUGCCGUGCUUUCAGUGCUCACAGAAGAGCAAGGAAAUGAAGCGGAAGCUGCCUCGCAAGAAGCUGCCAUUGAACCCUCCGUACAGGAAGAGUACAGAGCGCGUUUGUUCACUGGAAUGCGACGACUUGUUGGGGAUGCAGUGGAGCAGCUCUGUGCCAUAUUAGACGCCUCCCGCAACUCCAUCGAGGCGGCAUGCGACCUUCCUCUCAUGGGUAUUACCGUUUGCACGCGAGCACAAGAUGUACGCAUCAUUCAAUGCGCCGAAGAUUUGGAAGUGGAUACGGCUGUCGAGGCUAUUGUGCCGAAGAAGAGGAAGUAG